CCUCCUCCUCCUCCUCCUCCCCUCUGCCCUCGUUCCCGCGCACAAACUUUGUGGCAAAUGGGCGCCAACACAUCUGUGGAGGCCAACAUUGCCCUGCUCGAUGCUGUGUGUGGUGAGACUGCCCUAGGUGGUCGAGCCGGUGAGCUGCUUGACGACCUCCACGGUCUGACCUUCCACAUGGAGAAGGAGUCACGCAUACGGAGGGAGCAGGGCAUCGCCACCGUCUUAGCAAGAGCUUCUGCCGACAUAUUGGUGAACAACGGCAAGACCGGCAACAUGCAGGCACUGAUGGGGUAUGCGCAGGAGCUAAUGGAUGAGGUCGGGCGGCGGGUGGCGGUUGACGUCCGGCCGCGGCCACUACCGACGCUGACCAACGCGCUGCUGCUGAUUCGGACGUUUGUGGCGGCGGCGGCGGCGGCUGAUGUCGUCCUCGUCCCCGAUGAGCUGCUCGUUCCAUGGAUGGCGAGGGUGGGUCAGCUGCUGGUCACCGUCCUCGACGGGAUGGGCGGGCCGGUGCUCCCGGUUGCGCUGCCGGCGGCCAUGGCCGAGCUCGUCUUUGAGCUCCUCGCCUGCCUGAUAGCCUUUGUCUCGGACGCGCUCUACGUCGAUGCCAAGACUGUUGCCCGCCCGCUCGCCGCCCUCCGCACCCGUCAUGCUGCCCUUGUCGCCGCGUGGACGCCGCCCCAGUUUGCCCGGCUCCUUGCCACCCUCCUCACUGUUUACGCCUCCGACUCGGUGACGCACGCCGAGGCUGCAGCGAAGAGCUCAGCCGCAGGCUUCGGCAUGUUUUUCUCGUCGUUGCUCGAAACCAGCGACGCGCAGCGGGCGUGGGCGCCACUCGCCACCCGCGCUGCGGUGGUGAUGCUGCUCCUAGCAAGCGAUCCGGCAAGUACAGGUGCUGUCACCGCCGGUCUCGCCGACCUCAUCGAUGCCUUUCCGGGCGUGGAGGAUCCGAGUCUGGCGCCAAAGGCCGGGCAAGCUGCGGCGGCGUUUCCGGUGCUCUAUGACGCGAUCGCAGACCAUAUUGCCGUGGCGCCUGCCGAGGCCGACGUUCCUAUUGCGCUGCUGCAUGUGCUGCUCUCGCGGGCGCCUGCAUUUGCCGGCUACGUCAACGCGCGGACCGACAUCGAGACACUGAUGGUCCCGCUGGCGCACGCGCUGGCAUCGCCGCUGCGGCAGCGGGCGGCCCAUCUUGCGUUGGGCGUUGUCGCGCUCUUGUCCACAUCCAAGGCGUGGGUGGCGAAUCUUUUUGCAUCGCCGGUGCCCGGCGGUGUGCCCGAGUGGUUUACCUCGCGCCAGCUCGCCGGCUCGCUCUCGGCCGGCUCGCUAGUCGUCAUUGUUGUCGUCGACCGGCUCAUCUCGCUGCUUGGCGCUGCUGCCAAGGACGUGUAUGAGGCGAGCCUGGCGCUCGGCGUUGUACUCAACCUCGCGCUCGGGGCGUCGGGCCUGCAUCCGAAUGCCGCUGAGCGCAUUCUGCUCCUCUUUGAGCUCUUUGCCAAGAAGCACCGGCUGCUGGCCGCGGCCGACAAGACGGCGCUUGCUGCCGACCUGGCCCUCGCCGCUGACCUGCUAUUCGUCAUGGCGUCGGUUGUCAAUGCGUGGCUGGCGGCGCUCGCACUCAACCCGUGCUUUGUCUACGUCCUCAUGCGCCGGCUAGACCUCUUUGCGCCGUACAAGGCAACCACCGGUGCACUGGCGCCGCUCGUCGCCAACGUGGACGCCAUCCAGCGGUUCAUGGCGCCGGCCCUGGCGGCGGCGCUGCCGGCCGCCACGGAGUCGGUCUCGGUUGACGCUGUCCUCCGCACCAUCACCACCGCGCUGCGAACGUGGACCGGUGCCGAUCUCGUCGCGCUCCCGCCGGUCAAGAUUGAGUACGCCGAGGCCUGUGACGAGUUGACGUGCGCACGGACCCAUCUUCCGCACGCCUGGGCGCUCGCGCUCAUCUUUGGCUCGCUCCCGCUCGCCUCGUCGUCGGUCGUCCUCGUCGACGUUUCGCCGCGCGAUCCGUUUGUGCCGCGCAAGGUUUCGGUCAGCCGCGGCUCGCGGCGCCGCAGGGUCUCGCGGCGAAAGCGCCGCAAGGUUGCGCGUUCACCGCAGAAACGGGUCCGCUUCCGCCAGCACGUCGAUGUACGCGAGAUCGAGCCGCUGCCCUCGAGUGAGUCGACGCUCUACACCGACGACGAGGCGAGCGCAGACUCGAAGGAGCGCGAAUGAAGCUGUGUGCAAAGCA